CUUUCCGCCUGGUGGUUCCGCGCGCUGAGCAUCAUCGUCAUCAUCACCAUGCCUCGAGGAUUCUUGGUGAAGAGAACCCGGCGAUGUUCGGGGUCAUACCGGUCACGAAAUAACAGUAAUAACAAACCUGGAACAUAUUACGGUGACAGGAACAACAGUGAUAACUCUGAAGUGACCAAACCGGUGGCAGUGAAGGAGACCGAUGUGGCCAAUUAUUUCCCGUUUGAACGGCCAGAUGGACUUCUCCCGGUGUCCCGCGAAGACUCCGCCGGUGUCAGAGAGGCGUGGAGCCCGCACGUGGAGUCCGCUCUGGAGGCGGAGGCGGACCGGCGCGCGCAGUUACCGGAGACCGAGGAGCAGGUGAGCGAGGUAGACGUUUUGACUCCCGAUAGUCAUUUCUCCUGCUUCUUCCCACCUCCUCCUCUACCCCCUCGUGAGUUUACAUUAACGGAGUCUUGCAACCCCAUUAAACCGGUCGGCACGCGGCUGUUUGAACACCACGAGGAAGGAGAGCCGUUAUUCCCCGGCAAGUGCCUGACAUCCUCCCCAGUCUCGGAGAUACCGGAGCUGCCGUUCCUGGUGAGCUCAACGCCGACCUCCGUGUCCGCUUCUAUCGAGAGGCUCCUUGCGAGCAGCAGCCGCCACGCACCGUCCUAUGGUCACAACGACAAAUAUGACCCAAAUAUGGGUCAUGUGCACUUGUUCCCGCCACUGACACUCAUGAACCAGCAGCAGCAUCACGCAGCGAGGAAACGCUCGUUCCUCGAACAGGAUCAACGCUUAAACAGCAGCAGACACAACAAACAGUCCGCGGGCAACCCGCCAAAGAAACCCAAAGUGAACCGGAAACUCAACUUCGAAGAUGAGGUCACGACCUCUCCGGUUUUAGGUCUCCGGAUCAAGAAGGAGAGUCCCGAGCUGAGGAGACAGCGGGAGAAGUCGUCUGCUGCCACCGGGAAUCAGCCGCUGGGAGAGUACAUCUGCCAACUUUGUAAAGAGGAGUACCCCGACCCUUUCUCCCUUGCGCAGCACAAAUGCUCUCGCAUAGUGCGCGUGGAGUACCGGUGUCCCGAAUGCGACAAAGUCUUCAGCUGUCCCGCCAACUUGGCAUCCCACCGCCGUUGGCACAAACCUCGUCCGGUAAACAACCAGGGAGGAGAGACUCAGACAAACAAGAGCCAGCCGCUAAAAGAGGCACGAGGGCUCAUUCAGCACGAGAGGCAGCCGGUAGAGAUGGAGGGCAAAGAGAACGAGCUGCUGCGCAUAAAUACUAAUCAGCACCACGGAGCGCUGGACAGCUCCCGCAUCAGGCGCGAGCCGUCCCUGAUGCUACUCCACAGUCGGUCUCGGGAAAGCCCCGACAGCGACAGUCUCGCGCCUCCUCACUAUGAUUCCUCUCUUCAUUACCGGAACCCGGUUGAAAGCUGUAUGGACCUGCAGCAGCAGGUGAGAGCGGCAGACAGCCCACCCUCGAGCCUUUUUCUACUAAACGGCAACCCAGACGAGCGCGCGGACCUGCCCCAGCAGCAGAGGCCGUCACUCCCGCAUCCUGCUUUACCGUUUGUCCAGUCCUUACCGGAGGAGGAAAUGUACGAUUGCCGGUACUGUGGGAAGAAAUUCCGCCGACAGGCUUACCUGAAGAAACAUCUAGCCGCGCACGAGGUGACAGCACGAGUGUCUCCGCCCCCAGCAUCUUAUGGCCAGGCGCGCGAGACCAGUGGCGGACAGAGCCAGGUGUUCCUGUGUCACCUGUGCGGCGCGCGGUUCCCGUCGGUUGAAAUCCGAGACAAGCACCGUCUGUGGCACGCGAUGAGGGAUGAGUUACUGGCGGGAACAUUGGGAGGAGGACUCAGACCAGACUUAUUCCACGCGCAAGGAGACGAGAACGGCACCGGGGAAUGCGAGCAGCAGCAGAUCUUCACGUGCAAUCACUGUCCGUCCACUUUCUUCAGCUCCCCGGGGCUCGCUAGACACAUCAACAAAUCUCAUCCAACCGAGAACCGGCAGGUGAUGCUUCUGCAAAUGACCGUGCGACCGUAAAACGCCCGCUAGAUACAGACACUCAAACAAGCCAACCGAUUAUUUGUGAAAAUUGUCAUUAAUUGUCAUUAAUUGUCAUUACGCGGACGCUAAAAACUUUAACUAUUUUAAUUCAUUUCAGCUAUGGUUCUAUUAUAAAAUAGGACUGAGGCCUGUUUGUGUCAGUUGUGGUCCAACACUUUAUCACAGUGUGUGACAGGCUGUGGAUUACGGUUGAGUCACUGAGCCCUUUGUUUAAAGGUCUUGACUUGGUCCACUUAAAAUAUAAUGAUACUAGAAGGAUGCAAUAAUUUCCCAGGGGUCCAUGGUCAUGAAACUGAUUAGAUAAGCCCAAAGCAAAUGUUAACAAAACGUUGUUGUGUUGCUCGAUUACACAACUACAUUUAGUUGUCAGUUCAAGUGGAACUGUCCAUGGUGCUGAAAGUAAAUAAUGACCAACUGAAACUUUGAGAAAAAACACACUUCAGUAAUCUUCAACAGGUUGUUCAGUCUAUAACAAGCAGGAUUGUAAUACUACCAUGAGUGGAACUAUCUUGCUUUGUUUUUUUUAUUAUAAAGAAAAUAACAUUUUAAUUUAUUAGACAGAUGAUUUAAUAAACGAACACAGGAUUAUUAUGAUAGACAUUUUAAACUAGAGGCAAAUUAAAGUGACCCUUAUAAAAAUGCCAUACACAUUAUAUCUUAAUAUUUAAUCAGUUGUUUACGAAGAAUACAGUCAUACAAUCAUACAAUCAUAGUUUCUAAAUUAAUUCUCAUAUAGAGAAUAUCUAUCCUUAUCUGUAUUGGCACGGAGGACGCCAUCUCUUUUCAGCUUCUCUUAUUAUGCCCAGCACUCUGUAAAUGAUUUGACAUUUAAUCACAGAAACUCAACUGUUAUAGUUAGUGAACACUUGAGAGAAUGGGGCCAGACUAAAGUUUGACAGAAAGGGCAUUUUGAUUAUGACUAAUUAGAGCUGGAGGGGGUCAUUUUACACUAAAUAUACUCAAUCAGCGAUCGACAGGCCUCUCUACAUGUGGCAGAAAUUUAAACUCAGUCAACACAUUUCUGUGGCAAAGUAAUCAGAUUACACUGAAGCUCAGGAGUCCAGUAUGUUACAUUACUUACUGGUGUAAUAAGAAGUGACCUUUAAUUACAUUUAGAAGGUAACCUUCCUUACCCCGAGAACUGGAGACAGAAUCAAUGUCCUAACUCUAUUUUAAAGACUAUUUCAUGUACAGCUAACAAUAAAAAUAAUCAUAGACCAUAAUAUGCCUUUUAUAGUAAAUGUGCCAGUAAGCUUCUCAGCUAUAAAAUAUUUUCAUACAGAAAUGGAACAUUUAAUGUCAGUACUACUCAUAAAAAAAAAUGCUUUCGUCUUUAUUGAUUACAUAUUACUGUUGAAAUAUUUGCUAAAUGCCUUCAUGAUGCUAAUGAUGUAAUUGUGGCUCUAUGAAGCCUAUACUAUUUUGAUAUGUUUCAAGUUAAAUGUGAAAUUUAUUCAAAAUUAUUGUCAAUAAAUGUUAAGACAGUACGA